GCAGCCUAAAAAUUCCUCCACUCUGUUUUGUAUUGAGAGAGAGAGAAACAGAACAACUGUGUCAUUGACAUCCAUAAAUCAUUAGAUAUUAUUUAAUGCCAUCCAUUUGGCCUAUACUGAAAAAAGAGCUAUCCUUUCAAGAAGUCACAAGGGUAGAGUGGAGUCUUUUUUGGCAAUUUGAUUGAUUGCCCGGUAUUUCAACUCUGGCCAAGCUGAAGAGAGCAGAAUUUCCUUACUGUUUUUCAUCAAUUAUUAACUGGAGGAGGUUAGCGCUGUUAUUAGUAUAGCAGGACAAAAGAUAGUGAUGGUCUAGCUGUAAAGGCACCUGUGAAAAUGCAGAGUUUCCCCUUCAUACCCAUGCUGUUGUCAGCACUAUUCAUUACAGCCGAAAACACCAAUCCCCCGAAUACUCCUACAGCUCCCACUGAAUACCAUACAGCUCCCUUUAUUCCUGCCACAACAUCAAGUGCAGCUGUCUUUAGUGCUGUAACUGCAACUACCACACCCAGAACUCCACCUGUUACUAGUAUCGAUUUUUCACCAACCCCUUCAGAAGCCACUGCAGAAGCUCUCCCUACCACAACACUACCACAGCAUAUGACUUCUUCUACUGAUAUCUUAACUCAGACUACAAACUCCACCUCUACAAAUCCUCCCAUCACCUCCAUCCUUAGCACAUUCGCUCCAUUAGAAACCACAUCUAUUACACACACUCCUACUACAGACUCCACCCCCUCCCCCUCUACAAUUCCUUCCACCACCUACUCUAUUCCUGGCACAUCCCCUCCAUUAGAAACCACGUCUAUUACACACACUCCUACUACAAACUCCACCACCUCUAUAACUCCUCCCACCACCAACUCCACUCUUGGCACAUCCCCUCCAAUAGAAAACACAUCUAUUACAUACACUCCUACUACGACUCCUCCCACCACCACGCCGACAACCCAACCCCCAUUGGUGUGCCUCAAUGGUCUGCUGCAAGAUGGAGUCUGCCUCUGCCCAGAUGAGUGGACUGGUGUCACCUGCUCUGUUGCAAACUUAUGUAAUGAGGCUACUGUGGAAGGCUUUGAGUUCCCACAAACUGUAAUUGGUUGGUCUGCCUACUCCUCACAGACAUGUGAAAAUACAACCAACAAUGCUGAUAUUUCCAAAGCCUCAACUAGAUGCUUGUACAAUAAUGGACGGCCAGAAUUUGACCGCAUUCAGAAAAUUGAAUGCCAAAUAACCCUUGAAAAUAUCCAAGUCAAUGUGACUGGUUCUUUGGAUGCAGUGGAAACGGAGCAGCUAGCAAGCAGUACACAGAUCCUGACGUCCAGGCCAGAAUGGCUGACGGCCUCAAACAUUACGUCUGCAGCACAAAUUGUAAACACCAUCCUGUCCGACAGUGUCAACAUAACAGAGGGGACAGCUGUGGCUGCUGUGACAACAAUUAGUCAGUUACUAACUGCUGAUCCUCAACAAUUUCCUAAUGAAAGCAAUGCAUUUGGAAGGCUUACACAAAACUUGGAAACAUUUUCAGCAAAUCCAAAUAAUAAUUUCUCAUUGGUGGUUCAGCCCAGACUGGUAGUUCUGGCUACUCAGGUACCAACUGCCCAGACAGCAGGCAUCCAGUUUAGUGCACUCUCUGGCACAUCAAAUAACUUUACAACUAGCAGAAUACAACUCAAGACCAACAUGUCAGAAAUUUCAGAUACUGAAAUUCCCUCUGAUGUCCAGAUUUUCAUCAGACUUCCAGAUCAGAUACAUAAGAAUUCCAACAUCAGCGUUGGUUUUGUGCUCUAUGAGAAUGACCUCCUCUUCGAGUCAAAAGCCUUUAAGACUUCACUUAACACCAGGAGAAUGGUGAUCUCUGGAACUCUAGGAAAUGUCAAAGCUGAACAUGUGACCUUGAGAUUUAUACCCAUGAAUGUGUCCAAUAAGUCCCUGCAUGACUUUGCCUGUGUGUUCUGGGACUACAGCCUAAAUGACUGGAGCACUGUAGGAUGCUCCAAAGCCAACCUCUUGACGGGCUCUCUCCAGUGUACCUGUAACCACACCACUAACUUUGCUGUUCUGAUGUCUUUUAGGGAGGACCAUAAAUAUGCUGAGUCACUGACUGUGUUCAGUAUUGUGGGGUGUACUUUGUCAAUACUGGGGCUGAUAUUAACUGUGAUAUUCCAGAUUAUUACCAGGAAGUCCAGGAAGAGCGCUCCCACAAUCCUCCUGGUUAACAUCUGUGUGUGCAUGACCAUGUUCUACUUCCUCUUCCUGUUUGGAAUUGAGAAGCCCAACAAGGGGAACUCCACUGUGUCAGAGAAAAACGUCAUGCUGCUCUCUGACCGCCAUCAGGAUUCUGACAAAGGGGCCUGCACUGCACUCACGGCCCUGAUGCAGUACUUCCUGUUAGCCACAUUCACCUGGAACACCCUCUAUGCAGUGCACAUAUUCAUUCUCAUCAGAAAAACCCUCUCAGGCCCACCAAGUGGAGUCCUCCUGGUAUCCUUAGUAACGGGAUGGGGACUUCCUGCUGUUGUGGUUGCAAUCUCAUUGGGAGUGGCCUACAGGGUGGAUAAUCCUUUGGGCUAUAGACGGGAAGAGUUCUGUUGGCUUCAGGCUCUGAACCAAGAUGGGAAGUUUGACUUCGGAAAGCCAAUCUUUUGGGGCUUUUUGCUUCCAGUAGCUGUAAUGCUACUUUUGAAUACUGCAGUGCUGAUAUACUUCGGAUUUGCUACGUGCAAGAAGGAUCCCCUGUUAAACAGCACUAAGAACACCUCAAUGAGGAAGAGGUUCCUGAGCAGCUUCUCUCUGGGGGUUCUGCUGGGCCUUACUUGGGUUCUGGGCUACCUGGUUCUCUCUACAGAGGGCACCACAAACUGCAUCUUCAGCAUCUUAUUCUGUGUGUGCAAUACCACCCAGGGAUUACAGAUCUUCAUUUUAUUCACGGUGAGGACGGCUUACUUCAGGAAAACAUUCUUCUCUGCCGCAAACUCCGUCUCCUCCUGAGAUUGCACUCCACAGACGGAAAUACAUUCUGUGGAGAUCCAGAAAACCCAAGACUAGUUCACAGGAGUCCUCAAGUAGUGCAGAUGCAAACCAGUCUGCAGGAACUUUCUCACAGAGCAAUACAAAUCUAAUCUAAUCCUUGUGCAUCUAUGAAGAGAGUGAAAGAUGUGGACAAGACCUUAAGAAAAUACGAGUCAAUCUAAUGACAGAUUCAAUGUAUGUCGCAUACAUAGAUAUACUGUAAAACGUGGUGAAAUGGCAUUUAGCGGCUCAACUUUCAUGUGCAUAGGUGUCUAUUUAUUAGGAUAAAGAAGAAGAAUUUAAUAAAUAGAUUGAGAGAGAAGGGAUCCAGUGUGUGUAAGUGCAGUAUGUAAUGUAAAGUCUAUGUAAUGUAGUUUAAAAAGUGUUAUGUUAAAUGAUCAGGGGGAUUUGCUUUAGGGCAAUUGUGCAAUACUAUUUGUAUGAAAUCUUGUAAUAUUAGCAUUGUCAGUCGACACGGCACUUCGGAGAUUAUCUUUGCUGGUUUAGUUUGCAAAUAAAUCUACAUACAUUGUUCAGGGAGAAGGAUAGUGGUAUUUACGAUAGUUGUGUAAAAUACUCUGCAACUAUAGGGGUAGAGGGGUAGACAAUAAUAAACUGCAUCCUACACCUUUAAUGGGUAAAUGCUCUUGACGUUUUUAUGUUU